CGACAGAGUCAAGCGCGCACCCCGGGAGCAACCCGCGCGCACACGGGGCGCCGGGUGUUCCACGGCCCGCGCGGAGGCGGUCUGCGGGCCUCGCAGGCGCUGGGGUCCCGGCGUCUGCGGGCGGGGAGCCGGGAUGCCGGAGGGGCCGUCUGUGAGGAAGUUUCACCAUCUGGUCUCCCCCUUCGUGGGGCAGCAGGUGGUCAAGACAGGGGGCAGCAGUAAGAAGCUGAACCCUGCGGGCUUCCAGUCCCUGUGGCUGCAGGACACCCAGGUCCAUGGAAAGAAAUUAUUCCUUAGAUUUGAUCCAGAUGAAGAAGUCGUGUCCCCUGGCAAUAACCCACUGUCAGAGCGUCUACAAAAAGAGUGGAAGGAAGAGGCCGGGCACCACCAGGAAGUCUCUGAGCAGUCCUCCCGGUCCCCAGGAGGAGACGAUGCUGUCCCCAGUGGAGGUGAUGGUCUGCGGUGUUUGUGGGGAGACACCCCUGCAGGAGGUGCUGAGAGGUGGCUGCAGGUCAGCUUUGGCUUGUUUGGCAGCGUUUGGGGGAACGAGUUCUCCAGAGCGAAGAAAGCAAACAAGAGGGGUGACUGGAGAGACCCUGUUCCAAGGCUGGUCCUGCACUUCGGCGGGGGUGGCUUCUUGGCCUUCUAUAACUGUCGGAUGGUGUGGAGCUCCUCUUGCCCGGUGGUCAGACCCACCUCUGACAUCUUGUCGGAAAAGUUCCAUCGAGGACAGGCCCUGGAAGCUCUGGGCCGGGAGCAGCCCGUCUGCUAUACGCUGUUGGACCAGAGAUACUUCUCAGGCUUAGGGAACAUCAUUAAGAACGAGGUCCUGUUCAGAGCUGGGAUCCACCCGCUUUCUCCCGGCUCACUCCUGGGUCUUCCGCGCCUCGAGGCCCUGGUGGACCACGUGGUGGCCUUCAGUGCAGGCUGGCUGCGGGGCAAGUUCCAGGGCAGACAGCAGCACACGCAGAUCUACCAGAAGGAGUGGUGCCCUGCUGGGCACCAGGUUGUGAAGGAGGCACUGGGACCUCCAGGGGGCUUCCAGAGGCUCACGUGGUGGUGCCCCCAGUGCCAGCCCAGGUUGUCGCUGGACGAGCCAGAGCAGGUGGCGCCCUCCUCGGGUGCUCGGGCCCCUUCUACUCAGAGCCUUGCCCUUGAGGGACUGUGAUGCCUGAGUGUCGCCACAGGGGUGGUGGGCAGGGUUUGGGACUGGGGACAGGAAUUGGGGGAGUGGGGUCGGGAUGCCAGUGCUGUUGGUGUUCAUCUCACCGGAGUUCAGGCUGAGGCAGUUUCCACAGGGUCCGAUGUUGUUCUUUUCUAGUUCUGGUUAAUUCUUCCUAUCUAAUCCCACCACUGUUGACAGAUGAGGCAAAUCGCGAUGGCAGUUAAGGGGAAACCUCCCGGAGUGACCGUGGGGCAGCGAAAACGAGAGCCAGUGGAAGAGAGCUGAGCCAGCAUCGCUUUGCAGGGGUUUGGUUUGGUUUGGUUUGGUUUUGGUUUUGAAACAUUGGCUGGUGUUAAGUCCCUCCAUUUGAGAACCAGGAAAAGGGAAUUAUCCUUCUUGGUUCCCCAAGAGGGAUCCAGGGAUGAGGGAGGGAGUCACAGGAGAGUGUUGCUCGGAUUCAGCCUCCUGCCUGGACCCUUCCCAUGGGACAGAGAUGCCAGGAGAAGGAGGGGAAACGGGGGGACCAGGGAGCUGGCCACCUUCCCGGUGUGUCCAUGGGCUUUAGAAAAAAGCGACUUGUUUCCUCCCCAAGGUGAUGUGUUUGUGACAGUUGACAUGCUCAACAGUGCAGGAAUCCAGGUCGUUAGCAAAACCUAGAAGAAACCAGGACAUGAAAAUAAAGCUUUUCGUUAUUUUGUGUUGUCA